CAGGUCACUUUCAACAUGGAGAGUGGAGCUGGGAAGCACUGGACUGACGAGGAGGUUAAAGCUUUGCUAAGUGUCUGGGCAGAAAAAAAUAUACGAAAACAACUUUAUGGCACACUGAGAAAUAAAGGAAUAUUUAUUUACAUUGCUAAAAGGCUGCAAUCACUAGGAGUACACAGAGACUGGAAACAAUGCCAGGCAAAGUAUAAGAAUCUCAAAUAUGAAUACAGAACUGUGAAGUAUGCCCACAACUCUGGAGACAGCUCUAAAACUAUGAAGUUCUUCCACGACUUGGACGUAAUCCUGCAGAAUGAACCUGCCACACAAUUAACAGAGGAGGAUGCUAACAGCAGGCACCUGGCAACGAUGAGCCCAAGCACAGCCCCAGAGACCACUGAAGGCAAAAUGUCAGUUCCAUUAGAAGAUAAAGAAGAUAUCUCAGGAAAUCCUUUGCUUUUGGUUUCUCAUGUCAGACCAAUGGAACUAGGUAUCUCUACAUCAAUAAUGGAUUCUCCUAAUAAUUCACCUUUUAUCCCAACUGUUGCAAAUGAAGGAGGAAAACACUGGACUAUGCCAGAAGUCAGGGCUUUAAUAGGCAUCUGGUCAGAUAAAAGCAUCCAACAACAACUAGAGGGAACAGUGAGAAACAAAAGGAUAUUUGAACUAAUUGCUUCCAAGCUUCAGAAAUCUGGAAUAGAGAGAGACUGGAAGCAGUGCCGAACAAAGUACAAAAACCUGAAACACGAAUACAAGAUUGUAAGAACAGCUCAGGACCUAGGCACGACUAGGAAUAUGAAAUUUUUUACCGAGUUGGAUGCUAUUCUGGGACACAAGACAGAAAAAUCACAAGAACUUCAAGAUGGAGAACAAGUCACAGAAAGUACUGAUGUAAAAAUGGAAGAAGACCAGAUAGAACCAGUAUCUACAUCUCUUAAGAAUACUGCUCCUGGGAUUAGUACAAACCAGUUUCCUCAAAGCAUAAUAACAGAACCAAAAUAUUCUACAGAAUGUUUCUUCAGACAGGAAACUCAACUUUAUCAGAUUUCAGCCGCUUUUCCUAGCGUGGUCGCUGCUUCCAGUCCGCUCAGAAUAAUGGCGACAGCUGAAAUACUGAACAUUGGAAAGAAACUCUAUGAGGGUAAAACAAAAGAAGUGUAUGAAUUGUUAGAUAGUCCAGGAAAAGUUCUUCUGCAGUCCAAGGACCAGAUUACAGCAGGAAAUGCAGCCAGAAAGAAUCAUCUGGAAGGAAAAGCUGCAAUCUCCAAUAAAAUUACCAGUUGUAUUUUCCAGUUGUUACAAGAAGCAGGUAUCAAAACUGCUUUCACCAGAAAAUGUGGAGAAACAGCUUUCAUUGCGCCUCAGUGUGAAAUGAUUCCAAUUGAAUGGGUUUGUAGAAGAAUAGCAACUGGUUCUUUUCUCAAAAGAAAUCCUGGUGUCAAGGAAGGAUAUAAGUUUUACCCACCAAAAGUGGAGAUGUUUUUCAAGGAUGAUGCCAAUAAUGAUCCACAGUGGUCUGAGGAACAGCUAAUUGCUGCAAAACUUUGCUUUGCUGGAGUUACUAUAGGCCAAACUGAAGUGGACAUCAUGAAUCAUGCUACACAAGCUAUUUUUGAAAUACUGGAGAAAUCCUGGUUGCCUCAGAACUGUACAUUGGUUGAUAUGAAGAUUGAAUUUGGUGUUGACAUAACCACCAAAGAAAUUGUUCUUGCUGAUGUUAUUGAUAAUGAUUCCUGGAGACUCUGGCCAUCAGGGGAUCGAAGCCAGCAGAAAGACAAACAGUCUUACCGUGACCUCAAAGAAGUAACUCCUGAAGGGCUCCAAAUGGUAAAGAAAAACUUUGAGUGGGUUGCAGAGAGAGUAGAGUUGCUUCUGAAAUCAGAAAGUCAGUGCAGGGUUGUAGUACUGAUGGGUUCAACUUCUGAUCUCGGCCACUGUGAAAAAAUCAAGAAGGCUUGUGGAAAUUAUGGAAUUCCCUGUGAACUUCGGGUAACAUCUGCCCAUAAAGGACCAGAUGAAACAUUGAGGAUUAAAGCUGAGUAUGAAGGGGAUGGCAUUCCUACUGUAUUUGUGGCAGUGGCAGGCAGAAGCAAUGGUUUGGGCCCAGUGAUGUCUGGUAACACUGCAUAUCCAGUUAUCAGCUGUCCUCCCCUCACAUCAGACUGGGGAGCUCAGGAUGUGUGGUCUUCUCUUCGAUUACCCAGUGGUCUUGGCUGCUCCACCAUACUUUCUCCAGAAGGAUCAGCUCAGUUUGCAGCUCAGAUAUUUGGAUUAAACAACCAUCUGAUAUGGGCCAAACUGCGAGCAAGCAUACUGAACACAUGGAUUUUCUUGAAGCAGGCUGACAGGAAAAUCAGAGAACAUAGUUUAUAAGAAAGAAUAUGUCAUUUCAUUUUUUUAGGCGAAAAAAUACAAAUUUCUAGUUCAGCUGCAGAAGAAAAAGCAAGAUGAAAAGAUGAUUCUUAGAUCAGAAAACAAUAUAUUAGUGAAUAAACACUUCUAGAUGGAUGGAUAAAAAGAUCAUCUGUUCAUAUUAAUAUUCCUUCAUUGGUAGUGAAAUUACUGUAGAAACAUUUUCAAAUUAAUCUCUUACCCCACUAUAUGAUCAUUGUUAGGUAGGUAACAUUUUUUAAAUGCUAAUAAAAUCCUAUUAUAAAGCUCCAAAGUUA